UCAAAAUUAAUGCAAAUAAUGUGUCUUUAUUUCAGGCAAGGUUUGACACAGACUGCACGGGAUUGGGCGGGGACUGUCUGUCAGACCUGAAAUUAGAUGUUAGCCUCGACAAAGGAAUAGUUUUAAUUGGAAAUGAUUCUGUUUUACAAAUGAAAGUUGUUCUUAAAAAUCAAGGAGAACCGUCCCUGAAAUCUUUACUCAGGAUAAAUUAUCCUUCGGCAGUCAGAUCAAGCCUGAUUGAUGUUAAACCUCCUUUGGAUAUGUCUUGUUUGGCAAGAGAUAAUGGCAGUUCUAUUGAAUGUGAAAGUGAAACCACCCUGUAUCAGCGCAUGCUCAUAGAAAUAGAUAUUGUGUUUGAAAUUUCAAAGGCUGCAAUGGAAAUUGAUGUAGGUUACAUAUCAACACAAAGCCUCGUUUACAAUGUAACGGCCAUUACCGCUAAUGAUAUUAACAUGAAUGAUAACACGGUAAUUAAAUAUGUCGAUGUGGCAGCCUUUACUAGGACAACCUUGCAAGUGUCUGCCUCCGAUGAGCAAAUUACUGCUACCCAGAGCGGUAUACAAUUCUCCAAUACUUAUCGACUCUUUAACGAAGGUCCCUGUGUUAUAGAGAAGGUGCAUCUUCAAUUUUUUAUUCCUGUCAGGACAAAAAGCAAAAUCUUUAUCAAGAAGGAUGAGGUCAAGGUACAAAGCAAAAACAUGAAAGACUCUUGUAAACUGGUGUAUUAUCCCAGCAAAGAACUAGGAACGACUACACAGAAUCCUGUCCCAGGAAGGAGCACAAUAAGUUACAACAUAUCUGGAAUAAAUAUCAUACCGUUAGACAGCCAGACAGGCACGGAUGUUCAUUUUCAUCCCGUCCAGGAAAUUUCUGAAAACUCCGAAUAUAUUUUUUGUGAUAAAAGUGUUGGUCCUUACAUAUGUGCAGUCGUUGAGUGCACACUUAGCCUGGUCAAACCUAUAGACAGGGAUAACAGGACAAUCAUGAUACCGUUUGACAUUCCUGUGGAUGAACUACCAGUGUUACAAAAGGGAAAAUCUUUCUUCACCUUUGUUACCAGUGGACAUGUUUUUCCUAGCGCCAAAUCAACCGUACCACUGGUUCUAAAGGAAAAUAUAUCACAAGAGGUAUCUGUGUCCAUCCUUUUCCCUGAUUCUUUCACACAGGAGGUAGAAGAGCUGGACCUGACAAUACUUAUCGGAGGUUGUGUUGGAGGACUUGUACUCUUCAUUUUACUGGGACUGAUCUUAUGGAAGUGUGGUUUCUUCAAAAGAAAGAAAAGGAAACAGGUUGAAGAAUAUAAACGCAGAACCCAAUACAGCAUGAGGAAGAGUAGAAUGGCAUCUGUACGAAGUGCAAGAAGCGGUGCAGGGUCAAUUCGUUCUAAAGUGCCAGAGGAGGAACAAAAACUAAAUAAAAAAUUUGAUGAUAUGGAUGAUGCAAAUUUCACAACAUGAUAUGUAUUUUUUUUUUAAUGCUAAAUCACUUUAUAUCGAAAUUUGCAUUCUAAAGCAAAUAAGAAAAUAUGAGCUUUGCAUAAAAUGAAAUGAGCAAUGUGCAUUGUUGAAAUAAACAUUCAUGCAUGCUUUCAGCUGUUUUUAAACAUUUCCAUGCAAUGAGUUGGAACAAUUUCGAGCACAUUUAUCAAUCUUUUUUGUACAUUUAUUUUAUUGUUGACAUGUUUCAUAGGCUACCAUUAUGCUUUUUAAAUAAAGACAAUUAAAUUGUUUACCAACAA